GUUUCCUGGCAACAGGUGUGAGACUCCAAAGGUGGCAGACAAUGGAGGUGGCUGAUGUAGGACAUAAAGAAGUCCCUUCAGAAGUCUGGAAUACGGAGAGAUGUUGAUGUUUGCCAACUCAGCCUCGCCACAAACAACAAAUAGGCAAUUUUUUGCCGUUUUCUUGCUGAACAGAAAGCUCACCAGCGUCCCUGACUUAUCAAGAUUUCACUUUCUGAGGAAGCUGUGGCUGAAUAACAACAAGAUCAGAGAGCUCAGCUGCCGUUCCCUCAACUGCUGCUUGACUGAACUUUACCUCCACAACAACAACAUCAAGUCUAUAUCUGGGGCCCUAAAUCACCUGACCUGCCUCCGACUUCUUUUUCUCCACAACAACCAGAUUAGAGGGCUGGAGGACACGAUGCACGAGCUCAGGAGGAUGCAGCAGCUCCAAACUGCAUCUUUUUUCCUCAAUCCCAUCUCCCAUGACCCUGCGUAUCGCCUCCAUGUGAUCCACCGCCUGCCUUCUGUCUUGGUUUUGGAUAGAAAAGAGCUGAGGUCAGUGGAGAGGGAGAGAUCCUUCCAGAUGUACAGCCAGGAGCGUCAUCGCGUACUCCAGUCUGUGGCUUUCUGCAGACGGGCAACAUAGUCCACAAGCUGAGAGGAAGUUUGUUUCCGGUCAUUACACUGUGCAAAGAUGUGUUUUCAAGUGUAUUAAUAACUCUGUGGUUUGCUUAAAAUGUCAUUUAAAAAACA